GAGCUCACAAAGUCUAGCUUUCCCAAGACACCUGCCAGGAUCUCUCUCUCUCUCUCUCUACAUACAUAUAUGUACACACUACCCUCUCCAACCAACAUUACAACACCCCGCCGUUCCCGGCGCAACUGACGAAAACAAACCCCCCACAAAAUCAACGGCUCCAACUGCAGUGUAGCAUGACAGAAAACAAAAAUCACACUGACACCCGCCGCCUGAUCGUCGGCCUACCCACUUUCCCCUACACUGCGAAACACACGAUCCUGUGUUUCUCAGUCCUACUCCUUCUAUCACCAGCCGGAGCACAGACCCCGCCCCAGCAGCCCUACCCAUAUGGAUACGGCAAAUUCAGCCCAAAAUUGGCGAUCAUGAUCAUGUUCCUCAUCGCCGCACUCUUCCUCAUCGGCUUAUUGUCCAUCUACAUCCGCCACUGUAACAACACCACCCCCGGCGGUAGCCUCCGCCGCGUCGGCGCCUCCUUGCGCCUUCGUGGCGCCGCCUCCAGGGGUCUCGACCCGGCUGUGAUCGACAUGUUCCCCACUUUUGCGUACUCGGUUGUGAAGGAUCAGAAGAUUGGGAAAGGAGCGCUAGAAUGCGCCGUGUGCUUGAACGAGUUUGAAGACGAUGAAACUCUUCGGCUUAUUCCCAAAUGCGAUCACGUGUUUCACCCUGAAUGCAUCGACGCUUGGCUCACCUCUCACGUCACUUGCCCGGUCUGCCGAACCGAUCUGGUUCCUCAACCCGGUGAGUCCCUUCGAGUCCCCGUGUUAAACCCCGAGUUGGGGAACUCGGUGGAGACUCACCAGAAUUCGGAGGUCUCUAUUAGGGUUGUUGAAGAUCAGGAAGAGGCUCUUCCUCCUCAGGUGAUGGACCGGAGUCAGAGUUUGAACCGGAGCCGCCUACCCAGAUCGCGAUCUGUACGGCCCAAGCUGUUCGGGAAGUUUCCAAGGUCUCUCUCGACUGGACACUCAUUGGUGGUUCAGCCUGGGCAAAACACCGACCAGUUCACUCUUCGAUUGCCGGAGGAUGUGAGGAGACAGGUGAUGAACCAGGCGCUGAACCGGACAGCGAGUUGUGUAGUGGCGUUUCCCAGAGAAGGUAGUUCUCGAAUAGGCUACCGAACCGGAUUUUCCCAGAAUCUCAGGCCAUUGGACCCGGUCGUGAAAUCGGACCGGUGGGUUUUCUCAUUAACACCACCGUUCUUUUCCCGGACAGCGUCGAUUCGAUCCCCAAAAGUCAUGGCAGUUGAUGAUAAAGGAUCCACGUCAUCGACAACGCCGAAAGGAUCGAAGAGUGUCAUGAAAUUGCCAUCAUUCAAGCGUAUGGACCCAAAGGGUGACGAGACCGGUCGAGAAUGGACCGACUCGGGAAAAUCUCCGGUUUAACGGUCAAUUUUGUGUGCUAAUGUGUGAAUGAUGUUAAGUUGGCAAAGGCUUUGGAGGCAGGCUGGGCCCACCAUUGAGGUGGACCAAUUCAAUUGCUUUGCCCAGCUUUGACUUGGCCUUCACACUUCAAUUGCAUUUCAUAAGAGUAUUUGGAGAGGAUGGUUAAAAGUAAUUUUUUUAAUUUUUUAAUUUUUUUUAUAAGAGUGAAAGUGUGUUAAAAGUUAAAAAAAUGAAUUUUAAUUCACUUUCCAAACUAGGCGAGAGUUAAAUUUUUUCUAGAUGGGAGUCAUUGUCAUGACAUUAUUUUGGACAAUCUCAAACUUUGAUUUGAUUAGGCCUACGAUUUAAAUGUCAUACAUGUUUGUACAUUCUUUGAAGCUAAAAUGUCUUCUCUUUUGA